AAUAAAAAGUGCCACAUGACCUGUGUAGAAGGAAGUAGCAAGUUAGCAACAAGCCCCGUAUCCAGCAGAUAUCCAGAUCUGUCGCGACUAAAAUUCGGUUUGAACAAAUUGAGGAAAAAUAGAAAUUAAACAACAUGUUUUUAAAACUUGUGUUCGUUACAUUGCUACUCGCAUUGGUGAGUGCAACAACAGCUGCAUACGUAGUUGAUUGUGCUACAUUUGAUUGUGACGCAUGUGUUGGUGACUGUCAAUGGAUGAACUGCACAUUUACAGCAACUCCAGAUGUCUCCAAUGUCUCCUGUGUCAACGUCACCUCCGUAAACAGUCAGAACAUGACCAUAGGCGCCUGCUCCAAUGAAACCUGCUCAGUGCAGCCUUUUACUUCAAGUUCAGCCAAACCUCCUACCCCCACCAUGUCUGCUAUCCCUACGGUCAUCAAUGUCACUAACAGCUCCACCACAGCUAACCUGACUACUGCAGUACCCACUGCCCUGCCCACUAACAGCACCGUCCCAGUCUCUGACACAACGACUGCUUCAAACAGCACUGCGUCACCAGUGUGGCCCUCUCCUGCACCUCAUAAGAAUGCAACGUUUGACGCAGCGAGCUUCAUUGGGGGCAUCGUGCUGGUCCUGGGCCUGCAGGCUGUGCUCUUCUUCCUCUACAAGUUCUGCAAGUCCAAGGACCGCAACUACCACACCCUCUGAAGGACCAACACCUACUCUGCCCCCCCCCCCCUCCCGGGCCAGCUGGAACCUCCUAAUAUCAAACCCCUAACCCCUGGCCAUUGUGAUUCUCUCAAACAGUGUUUCUCCUACAAUCCCCACUCCUCAUUGCAUUGUGCUAGCAACUUGUGGUUUAGGCCUGUAGCCUGAAUAGACACAUGGGCUGUAAACUAUACACACAACAGAAGGCUGCUGAGGAGAAGACUGCUCAUAAUAAUGGCUGCAACGGAGCAAGCGGAAUGGCAUCAAACACAUGGGAACCAUGGGAACCAUGCGUUGUAUGUAUUGGAUACCAUUCCGCUCUAGCCAUUAGCACGAGCCCGUCCUCCCCAAUUAAGGUGCCACCAACCUCCUGUGGUACACACCCACACUUGCGCCACAUCUUUUACUGGAUGUGUACACUACGCAUUUCUCACACCCUGGUGCAGCCUUCAGCACAUAGUUACAUCACUGUGUUUCCCCUCUCCUACUCCCCUCUCCUCAUUCAGUUAGUCAUUGUGACUUGAGAAAAAUCAGCCUAAUUUACUGCUCCUCUCCCCUGGCCCUUCAUUUGAAUGUUUUACCUGCCUGGCCUCGUAAAACGAGCCGACGGUCAUUUAUGUAAUAGACGUUCUGUUCUGUUGGAAUAUAGUGGGGCUGCCAUGGCAUUAGCUUGUGGCCUUCAUGCACCUUGGUAACGCUUCAGAACCACUGAGGUCCCCUCCCCUGUUAUUUUUCAGAAUUUGAUGACUGGAUGAUGCAGCAUAGCUUUUAUUCUUGUUUGUCGUGGGACAGAUCUGGGCAGAGUUUUUCACGCCUAUAUAAAGGGGUUAUAAUCAAAUGAUGGUAGAAAGUCCAAACAAAAAUAACUAGAAGCAGUACUCCAUUCUUUAAGUUUAUAUUCUGUAUGAAGAUGCCUCCAUCUGAAGUAGAGGAGAAGUCAGACCCUUGGUGUUAAGACACAGCACACACCACACGCUGCCAAGAGAGCAGCUCAAUGCAAUAUCCCCAAAUCAAUCCCCCUUUCUACAACCCCCUCUCUUUAUCGGCUUCAGCCAAACGGAUCACAGUGAAGAGUCCAGUCAGUAGACUUGAGAUCUUCCCUUGACAGGAAGGCAAUCACAAUGAGUCAAGUCUUUGGGACAUGGUCGGAAGGUUCUACAGAUUAAAGAUUGUAGUAAAUAUAUGAGAAUGAUUAAAUAAGUCUAAUUAUGAAUUCAAGUGUUGAACGGAAAGAGAUGAAGAUAAGACAGUCUGCACCUUAUUGAUGCGUACAGUGAUAGCAGUAAAGUGCCUUUAAUGUUAAAUGUGACUUAAAGAGGGGAUGAGUGAGAAUUCUGAUGUUGCUCCUCUUCCUCCUAGCUGAGGCCUGAGUGUCGUUUUUGUGAAGUAAAAGCAGUCUGGUGACAGGCACGGUAAUGCGGUGCUGAUAUUGGUGAUGAGCAGAGAGAAGAGAACCAGGGUGGUUCUCAAUCCCAUUUUAAUUCAUUCAAACCAAGUAGUUACCUGAAAUUCCAAAAUGUUCCUCAUAGAAGAUUGGGAAUGAUUUCAAUUUCAGUUGACUUCCUGAACUUGCUGAAUAAUUGCAAUGAGUUGGGCCCAACCCUGAACAGCAAAACCCUAGUAUCCCAGCUGGACUGAAUAGCCUUUUAUUAUUGAAGAGUAGACCGAUACGUUAGUUCCUCAUCUUGGUCUUUGAUGGAUGAAGACCUAUUACAGUAUCAAUUGAUUCUAUUGGCAUUGGAUGAGAUGUUACCUAUGCAGGCAGAAGUUUUGAAUGUUCCUCACAGCGCCCUAGUGCUAGUUCCCCCUCAUAUUGUACAGGCACAUCCUUAGCCUGUGUUUUGAAAAUUAACAGUGAAGAAUACUUUUUGGCUUAGUUCUUAAUCAAUUUGUUUUUCAUGGAGUCAUGCAUAAAUUGAACUGAUAGUUAUUUGAUCAUUUCAAAAAACUAACUAAUACCUGGUCCCUGAACUUAAAAUGGGCGCAAUGUUGAGAUGUCGUCCUUUUCAUUUUGGAAGUUUUCUUUUCUCCCAGUGAGCUGUCUUUUUUUAAGUGCAGUGCGAAUGAGAGGGGUUCCUUCAGAAAGUAUUGACAACCCUUGACUUUUUCCACAUUGUGCUGUUACGGCCUAAAAUUGAUUAAAUUGAGAUUUUGUAUCACUGAUCUGCACACAAUACCCAAAAUGUUGAAGUGGAACUAUGUUUUUAGAAGUGUUUACAAAUGAAUUAAAAAUGAAAAUCUGAAGUGUCUCGAGUCGAAAGGUAUUCAACCCCUUUUGUUAUGCCAAGUCUAAAUAAGUUCAGGGUUAAAAAUGUGCUUGACGAGUCAUGUAAAUUACAUGGACUCACUCUGUGCACAAUAAUAGUGUUUAAUAUUAUUUUUAAAUGACUACUCCAUCUCUAAAACCCCACAUGUACAAUUAUCUAAGGUCUCUCGGUCAAACAGUUCAUUUCACGCACAGAUUCAACCACAAGGACCAGGGAGGUUUUCCAAUGUUUUACAAAGAAGGGCACCUAUUGGAAGAUGAGUAAAAUAAAUAAAAUUAGACAUUUGAAUAUUC